CAAACUUUACUAUCAUUGCGACAUCUGAAGCUCAAUCUUUAAUCUCAAACUAUAGAUCACCAAUACAACUUCUUGUUGUUCUCUUCGUAAUCAUGGUCAACAGAGCCUUUUACGCUGUCGUUCUUGCCGCGGCUUAUGCCGCGCAGGCUGCUCCGGUGUCUGGGCAAGAUUCCACGGCACUGGGGUCCAAUGUUGAGGCUCGCUAUAUUUACACCCAGUCCACGAAGGGUGCCAAAGCUCAGGAGGACGUCAACGACAUCGAGGCUCGUUACAUCUACACUCAGUCUACAAAGGGUGCGAAGGCCCAGGAGGACGUCAACGACAUCGAGGCUCGUUACAUCUACACCCAAUCUACUAAGGGUGCGAAGGCUCAGGAGGACGUCAACGACAUCGAAGCUUAG